UACUCCUCCCGGGCGGCCAGGGUGGUGGCCUUUGCCUCUCUCUUCUUCAUCCUGGUCUCCAUCACCACCUUCUGCCUGGAGACCCACGAGGCCUUCAACAUCGACCGCAACGUGACAGAGAUCCACCGGGUGGGGAACGUCACCAGCGUGCGCUUCCGGCGGGAGGUGGAGACCGAGCCCAUCCUGACCUACAUCGAGGGCGUGUGCGUGCUGUGGUUCACGCUGGAGUUCCUGGUGCGCAUCGUGUGCUGCCCCGACACGCUGGACUUCGUCAAGAACCUGCUCAACAUCAUCGACUUUGUGGCCAUCCUGCCCUUCUACUUGGAGGUGGGGCUGAGCGGCCUGUCAUCCAAGGCGGCCCGCGACGUGCUGGGCUUCCUGCGCGUGGUGCGCUUUGUGCGUAUCCUGCGCAUCUUCAAGCUCACGCGCCACUUUGUGGGGCUGCGCGUGCUGGGCCACACCCUCCGGGCCAGCACCAACGAGUUCCUGCUGCUCAUCAUCUUCCUGGCCCUGGGCGUGCUCAUCUUCGCCACCAUGAUCUACUAUGCCGAGCGCAUCGGGGCCAGGCCCUCCGACCCGCGGGGCAAUGACCACACCGACUUCAAGAACAUCCCCAUCGGCUUCUGGUGGGCCGUGGUCACCAUGACGACGCUGGGCUACGGGGACAUGUACCCCAAGACGUGGUCGGGAAUGCUGGUGGGGGCGCUGUGUGCGCUGGCCGGUGUGCUCACCAUCGCCAUGCCGGUGCCCGUCAUUGUCAACAACUUCGGCAUGUACUACUCCCUGGCCAUGGCCAAGCAGAAGCUGCCCAAGAAGCGGAAGAAGCACGUGCCGCGGCCGGCCCAGCUCGAGUCGCCCAUGUACUGCAAGUCUGAGGAGACCUCGCCCCGGGACAGCACCUACAGUGAUACCAGCCCCCCUGCCCGGGAGGAGGGUAUGAUCGAGAGGAAGCGGGCAGACUCUAAGCAGAACGGUGACGCCAAUGCGGUGCUGUCUGAUGAGGAGGGAGCUGGCCUCACCCAGCCCCUGGCCUCCGCCCCGUCCCCUGAGGAGCGCCGGGCCUUGCGACGCUCGGCCACUCGAGACAGGAACAAGAAGGCAGCUGCCUGCUUCCUGCUCAGCGCCGGGGACUACGCUUGUGCCGACGGUAGUGUCCGGAAAGAGACCUGCCAAGACGCCCUCUCGUCCAACUAUGCCCAGGCUGAAGUCCUCACCCUCUCUUAAAGCGGAACCAACGUGAGAGAGACAGGCAGACAGACAGAAAGCCAGAGGCUUAGGGAAACUCUGGAACCCAGGCAAGAAUCUUUUCGCUGGGAAAGACUCAGAUAUCCUUGUUUGCACAGGACUGGUGGAAAACUGCCCAUGUGACCUUCGGGGCCCAGAGCCAUCUGGGUCUGAUGUUCUGUUCUACUGUACAUUGAAGAGAUAUAUAUGCACAUAUAGUAUCUAUAUUCAUACAUACUAUACUCUUGUGUGUAGUGCACGUGCUAUUGGUGGUUUGUCUUGUUAGGCUGUGUCUUCCCAUACCUUUGUCCCACCCAGGGUUUCCCAUCCCUGUCACUGAUUCCCUGUUGUUUCUGCUGACUGUGUGGAAUGUCCCAGGAAAAGUGCAUCUGGGAAUUGCCAGUCCAGAUGGGCGGUCCUGGGCGACUCUCUCGAGGGUGUUUCCCCUGUCAACAGGUGGUCUGUUGAAGGCCAGACUGCCCCCCAGGGUCACUGCUCCACUCGCCCCACCCCACCCCAGAUUGGGGUUCUACCUCCUGCCCCACACCCCAGCUGUGGGGGGACUUCCAGGGGCUCCUCUGCGGCCUCCUCCCCUCCUUCUUCCACCCCAUCUGUGUCCUUGACUAAGGGGGGCGUUUUGUCUUUUUGAUUUUUGAAUUCUUUUUUCGUUCCGUCUCCUUCGUCUGUUUGUUUUCAAAGAUGCUGCUGGGCAGACGGGCAGGGAAGGGAUCUGUCUGCCCCUUUGGCUCAGGGGUCUGGGAAGGGGAAGCCUCGGGCGAGAGGAGACCAGUUGCAAUACUGUACUUCCUGGCUGGUGGCCAGGGGAUGCGUGCAAUAGCGGAGGCCAGGUGACCCCUUCAGCCUUGGCCUCUGCCCCUCCCUCGGCCCUCCUUCCCCACUCCCAUCCCUCCCUCCUCCCUGGUGUUGGUCGGUCCUUUUCUAAAGCUGUCCCCUUGUCGUGUCCAUGGCAUGCCCAGGCCGGACCCUGCGCCCUGUCCACAUGUCUUCCAUCGUUAUGCUCUGCUCGAGCCCCAAUAAAGACAUCUGGAGCGUCCUGCUGCUCGUGCUGUGUAA